AUGGCGACGCAGACACAAACAGCGACUUCGGUCUUCGAGCUCCAGCCAACACCCAAAACCACAACCAUAAAACCUAUCUAUCAUCCACCACGGCCAUCGCAAGAAGUCUCGAAUUAUGGUCACCGCAUUUCCGACACCGAGUCAUCCACCACGGCAUCCGUCACACAACCAUCCACCCUCUGUACCUUCCUCACAAUCUUUACCCCCUCCUUCGUCGGCUUCAUAGCUAGUUUCACCAACGGCAUCAUCACAGUCGGCCUCCCCUCGAUCGCACGUUCCAUCGCUCUCGAACGCUCUCUUUACCUAUGGCCAUCCUCCGUCUAUGGUCUCACAUCCGGCGCUGCACUUCUCAUCGCUGGUUCUGUAGCCGAUAUAAAUCAGGAUGGUGUGGUUGCGCUUUGGAAGAAGGUUGGUAGGGAGAUUGAUUGGGUUGGUGGUAUAAUAUCUAGUGGCGGCCUGGCUAUCCUCGCAUAUGUCCUUGCUAUCAUCAGCGCCGACCUGACAAGCAUUCGCUCAGCCGAGACAGCCUCGCUUCUCACUAUCAGUAUCCUCCUUCUCUGUGUCUUUCCAGCCUGGAUGCACUACCGCGAGCGACGUGGAAAAACAGCCCUCGUACCGAACAAGCUGUGGAGCAGUCUCCCCUUUACCAGCACAUGCAUCAUGGUCGCACUCUCUUACGGCGUCAUGAACUCCAUUGAGCUCUUCUCCACAACAUCCCUCUACCUCCUCCCCGACCUCCUAGCUGGCGUCCUGAUCCAAAUCUCCGUCGGUCUAUUCGUCCACCGCGUGUCUGCCCGCUGGCUCGUCGCCGGCUCCGCCUUCAUCUGCGCCAUCUCGCCCCUCCUAAUGGCCGUUGUACCCCCAGCAUGGAGCUACUGGAAACUAGCUUUCUGGGCGCAGAUAUUCGCCCCGUUCAGUGCCGAUGUCUUGUUCACUGUUGGUCUCAUCAUCGUAAGUGACAACUUCCCGGAGAAGACGCAGGCGCUCGCUGGUGCUGUGUUCAAUACUGUCGCGCAGUUUGGUAUGAGCUUGGGUAUGGGUAGUUGCCAGGUUGUUGCGCUGGGGGUGCAGGUUAAGAGCGGGAGUACGGGUACUGGUGGCCAUGGUGAUGGUGAUGGCGGCGGAGCGUUUGAGGACCAGGAUGAUGUGGCUGUGUUGAAGGGGUAUAGGGCGAGCUAUUGGCUUAUGUUCGGGUAUAUGGUCGUUUGUAUGAUGAUCGCUGUCGUGGGGCUAAGGAAGGCGGGCAAGGUCGGACUGAAGAGAGAGUAA